UUGUUGAAAAGGGUCCUUCUCAUUUGUGUGAGUCAUGCUUUUGCUGUGAGCGAGUUGGCAGCUCUAAGCAGGACUGGGAUCUCAGUCACAGAAAACUGUUACUUCUCCCAGCCUUAACAGGGAACCAAAAGAAAUCGCUUUAAAAUAUACAUCUUUUUUUUGUUUGUUUGUUUGUUUGCUUUUCCUUAUACUCUCUGAUUUUUUUUUUUUCCCCCCCAAAAUCUUGUCGUCCGUCCGUGUCGUUAUGAAUCGCCUGCUAUGUUAGUGCAGGCAUCUCCUGCGUUGGCACCAGAUUUGCCAGAACAUAUGCAGGAGAGCAGAUAGAAGGGCAUGCUUCAACGUACCAAGUAUAACCGCUUCAGGAAUGAUUCCGUGACAUCAGUUGAUGAUCUUAUUCACAAUUUGUCCAUGAACAGCAAGGUCUCAGCAGUUGCUACGACUUCGGCUUCACCUUCGUACCUGGUCCCGCCAGAGGUUCUCCGCAAGGACCAAGAAGAUGGACCCACCACCCUGUGUACCCUCAUCCAUAAAGUGUCCCACUUGAAACUCUCUAACACAGGCAGCCUUUUGGGUAUCAAAAACCUCUCCUCUGCAGUAAAGGAGCUUGCUGUCUCCAAGUUGCAGGGAAGCUCGAGUGCUUCUAGUUCAGCAGCAGGGGCUUCAGGCAACACAUGUAACCUUGUCUCUGCCACUUCGUGUUCUCAGCAGGACGUGAGCAAGAUGAGCAUGGGGAAAAAAGCACGGUCAGAGGAAACGCACCUGGGAGGUGAAGAUUGGAAUCAAAGUAGCAGCUUUGUCAAUAAACCCUCUCGAGGAUGGCUGCACUCGAGUGAGAAGAUCCUGGGACCUGGUGUGACGUACAUUGUGAAGUACUUGGGGUGUAUAGAAGUCUUGCGCUCAAUGAGAUCUCUUGACUUCAAUACUAGGACACAGAUUGCAAGGGAAGCAAUCAGUCGUGUUUGUGAAGCCGUGCCUGGUGCCAAAGGAGCCUUCAAGAAACGAAAGCCACCAAGCAAAGCCCUUUCUAGCAUCUUGGGAAAGAGCAAUCUUCAGUUUGCAGGAAUGAGCAUAAUGUUGAAUAUCUCCACCACCAGCUUAAAUCUAAUGAAUCCUGAUACGAAACAGAUCAUAGCAAACCACCAUAUGCAAUCCAUUUCCUUUGCGUCUGGAGGUGACCCGGAUACAACUGACUAUAUUGCAUAUGUAGCUAAGGAUCCCGUUAAUCGGAGAGCUUGUCAUAUCCUGGAAUGCUGUGAUGGCCUGGCCCAGGAUGUCAUCAGCACCAUAGGGCAAGCGUUCGAGCUUCGGUUUAAGCAAUAUUUGCGGUGCCCCUCUAAGAUACCUACUUUCCAGGAUAGGAUGCAGAGUUUUGAGGACCCGUGGACGGAGGAAGAUAACGAGGCAACAGAGCAUCCCUAUUACAACAACAUCCCAAAUAAAAUACCUCCCCCUGGCGGCUUCCUCGAUGCCAGGCUCAAAACGAGACUUCCCACUGCCGCAGACACAGCUCAGUCUGCAACAGGAGUGGGAAGAGAGCAAAUUUAUUAUCAGAGCCAUCACUUAGGAGACAAAUCCAGUGAAGAAUGGCAUCAUGAGCCUGUUACACAAGGAUCUCUGGAUAUCUGUAGUUUGCCUGAAAAGAAAUCAGAAGUAAUACCAACAGCAGAGAUGCCAACAUAUGUAAACACCCAGCAUAUAAAUAUAGACGCUCUACUGGCACUUCAGGCAGAUGCUGAAUGUACCUUCAGUGGAACAACAGAGGAGACCAAAGCAAGCAGCCCAGGAAAGGAUCUGUUUGACAUGAAACCAUUUGAAGAUGCCCUCAGGAAUCAAACUUCUGAGGCCAUGAUGAAGCAAUCCACCUCCACGGGAUGCACCAGUCCUCCUCCAUCCAGGGCAGCUGUCCGGACUGAAGCUGAAGAGCUGAGUGCAGAGCCGUGGUACCAAGGGGAGAUGAGCAGGAAAGAAGCAGAACAGCUGCUGAAGAAAUGUGGAGAUUUCCUCGUGAGGAAGAGCACCACGAAUCCCGGCUCCUAUGUGCUGACAGGCAUGCACAACGGACAAGCCAAGCACCUUCUUUUGGUGGACCCAGAAGGAACUGUUCGUACAAAAGAUCGUGUCUUUGACAGCAUAAGUCAUCUCAUCAACUACCAUCUUGAGAAUAAUUUGCCAAUAGUUUCUUCAGUGAGUGAACUCUGCCUGCAACAGCCUGCUGAAAGGAAACACUGACUCCAGAUCUAUUUUAGGUUUUGUAACUUGCAAGCUGUAACUGGUAGGAAUUGCAGAUCUAAAAAAAAAAAAAACCAAACAUGUAUAUUAAAAAAAAAAAAAUCAUAUUCACAUAUACUUCACCAGUAUGUUCUCUUUGUGUUUGAGAAGCCCCAUUUCAUAUGGUACACUUGAAAAUUCUCAGUUCUUUAUGUAGACAUGAAAUCACAGCAGAGAGCUUUCUUAAAAGUAAUUUCAAUAAAAUUGUUCAGAUUCUCUAAUGUGACUGUUGAUAAUGUAUAUAUACAUACCACAUAUAUAAAUACAGUAUAUAUUUAUAUUUUUUGAGUCAGUCAAUUGACCGUAUAGAACUAUCUUCUGUGUCGUGUGUUUUUACCAGAAAAAAAAAUGACAAUUGUGAUUGUUCAGAUAAAAAAUAGAAUUCAGCAGUCUCAGUUUCUUGAGAAAUUUAUUACUAGGAAUCUUAUUUCUGAUUUUACCUAAGAAGCACAACUAUGGGGAUUACAGGUGGAUUAUGCUAAUUUACCAUGGUAGGAGUCUGAAUUCAGCAGCUAGUAUUCCAGCUCAGAAAUACAGCAUAAAAUAUUUUUGAAAGCAUUAUCCACUUAUGUCAUUGAUAUCAAAGGAUUUUAUCUUUCUGAUGUCGUUUGAAUUCUUAUAUGAUGAUACUCGAAACAUUUGUAUCUUACUUUAACAAUGAUUUGUUGUGAUCUCUCUGUGUAUGAGGUGUGUGCUUUGAUUUUUCUAAUGAUGUUGUAACAAGAUAUUGUAAUUUAUUAAUUUCAGUGCUAAGGUUAUUUAUAAGUAGUUCUCUGCUUAUGGUGAAGAUCUAGGUGUCCUUGACAAACAGUCUCAAAUGAGAUGUUGCAUACUGAGUAGAAAAGUUCAAAUAACUUGUGUGUAAUAGGCUUAAUCCAAGAUGCACAUGAUAGUUCAAAGACAUAUCUGAAAAAUCUUUUCUUCUUAUGAACGCUGAAAACUAUCCCAGCUCCGCGGUCAGUUUUGCAAAUUUUGCCACUUGCACUUACCUACCAAAGCAUAACUCCAUUUUGGCCUUCAGCAAGUGAUAGGUAUUGCAAAUACAACUGUUUUCCUCCAAACAUCAAGUUUAAAAAAAUACGCAUAUACUAAAGACGCAUUUCUGGCAGAAAUGACCUUGGCUUCUGGUACUGGGAAAUGCUUUAAGGGACGAUUGUACUAUCCACAUUUAAGCAUUAUACGAAGUUAUUUUCCCAUUUUAGGAAUCUUAUUAUGAGUCAAAUUCAAUAGACACAGUUCCUGUAAAGACAAAGCUUGUGCCAGAGUCAAGAUUUAGCCUUCAGCAAUCCAAGGUCUUCUCUAGCACCAGUCUCUCAAAUCAAAUCUUCAGAUUUGAUUCAUAAAGACUUGGCAGGGUAGAGUCCAGGUUAAGCAAUUGCCUACCCUGCAGUAGUCAACACUUAGAUGUACUUAAAGUUGGAUUUGUUUCUAAGAAUUGGCUAAGUUUAAAAAUUUGUCAAGCCAUAACAAAACUGACUGAAUGACUCACAGUACAUUCGGGCAGGACCAUGAUAUUAAAAUUCUGAAAUAAUUUUCUUGUAUCUUCUGCUUUUAAAUAUGGUGAAUUUGCAACUUGGGAAUUGGAUUUUGGCUAAUCUCAAAACUGAAAAUGAUCAAGGCACUUGAGACUAAUCAAGUAGUCUGUGCCAUAAAGAUACACUUGAUUCUAUAAUCAAGACAUCCAGAAGCCGAACUAGGACAUUAGCAAAGAAAAUACUUGUGAUUAAUAUUACUACACAUAGUUUUUAUUUGGUGUUUCUUGAUCUGGGUGGAAGCUGAGAGCAAAGGAGAGAAAUUAAGUGCUGCAUUGGAACCCAAAUCAGUAUGGCAUUAAAUUUAGAGGAACUCUUAAAAUUUGGUUUUACUAGAUUGGAAGUUGUAAGGAAACGUGAACAGACUUUGUAUCCCAAAGUAGUGUUCACCAAAAUCACUUUGAGUUUCCGUGUCUCACCAUAUUCCACUUUGAAGUAUCUCAGUUGCCACUUUUUUUUUUUUUUUCUCCUUAAAUAACACUUGUUAUUCCAUGUUCUAACCUUCCUGUAGCCAUGUUGUGGAAAGCUUUAAGUGUGAGAUCAGUACCUAUAAGAGAAUGUGUCUUUUGUUCUUUUGAAUAUUUCAUAUAAUUUCAGAAAAAGUUUGAUGCAUAACCCCCUUAGGUGUCUUGAAAAUGCCCACCUGCUGCCUAUGUCUGUUCUGGAUUCCUAAGUAUUCUGGAAAAAACUGACAAGAUUUGGGUGUAUGAAUUGAAGGCACUAAACAUACACUGAAAUAAACAUCUAAAUUUUCUUACCAUUGUCCUAGCUGUAGCUUUAAUAACUUAGCACCCACUUAGCUGGAUGCUUUGGAAAUUAAAGCACCCGGCAAGGAGACAAGGAAUGAAAUAGCUUGACAGAAAUACUAAACGUCCCAGACUACAUUUCACAGGCUCUGCCUCCAGGAAAAUGUGGCUAUUUUAAGCUGCUCUGUCAGCACAGCCAGCUUGCACAGCUUAGCCUGUGCACUGAUUAUGCAAAGGUUGCAUACACCUUGAUCAGGUGCAGUUUGGUCCUGGAUAGCAAUAGUGCCAUUGGGCUGUGACAGUGCCCUGCUGAUGCAAUGGGCCAGCAGAUCCUGUCUGGCCAGGUGGGAGGAUCCAGAGGCUUUCCUAAGUCAUUUGGGAGCCAAAUGAUCUCACAACUGUCCCGGAAGGAAGGGAAUGUGUGCCAGCCAAUGCUCUGUUUGCGGAUCCUAACAUGGCUUUCCAUCUGUCACUCUGGUAGAUUCAGCUUCCCUCUUUAUGAAAAUGUUAAAAAAAAACCUGUAUGGCCAUUUGGAUGGCAGUUCCAAACCUGUUACCAUUAGAGUCAAAGUCCAUUUUAAAGUGAACCUGACAAGAUCUAAUUGAACCUGCUAGAAUGGCUGGGCUCAUUUCUGUGAGGAACCAACACUGACAGCAAUUUCAGAGAUGUAGAAGUUAUGAGAGAGGCUCAAAUGCUGUGUGAUUGGCUGAAAACCAGACAAAUAACAGCAUAAUAAUGGGAGCCUUUUAAAGUUUGCCUUCGAUUUGGAUCCCUCCACCUUUUGUUAUUGUUGUCUUGUAUGCAGUCUCAAGGGCUACACACUUGAUGGUAAUUUAGUGCCAUGGCUUCAAGAAGUGAGAUUUUACUGAAAGAAAAGAUUUUCUAGACUCAGUAGAAAUUACUGAGAUUAGGCAAUAUUAUAGUAUCCUUUGGUAUUUUCCCAGGGAAUAGAUGAGAAGUCAAACUGAAACUAAAUAUCCUGCAAGGCUGUUUACAUUGCUUUUGAGCCCUAUCUGAUUAUGAGUUUUGCUUGCAGUUGUUUUGCAAUUAUAGAAAUUAUUGGCAAUGAAAACACACUCAAUUCCUUUAAAGGAAGAAGUUUUAGAAGUGCUUCUUAUCUUCUUCACUUAUAAGUGAAGUUAUUCUGCGUACUUUUAUUGCAGAUCUAGAGUAAUUAUUAAGAUAAUAAAAUUUUCCAGUGAUGCUGGCAGUGGUAGACUGGACAUCUAGGUACAGUCACCCUUUCAAUUAUUUUGGAUGCUUCAGAAGCAAUGAAACCUCAAAGGUAGAAAAUGUGAUUUGAAAAGUGAAUUACCUUCUGACAAAACGCGAGUUUGCUCAGAGUGAGGACUCCCAGCUUCCCUUCCCUAAUGCAAGGAGGGAAUGUUGAAAUUGACCAUGCCUGUCUGGUGGCCACAGAAGGAGAUGCAAUUUCCAUGGCUUAGUGCCUGCCUUCCUGCCCAGGGCUUUGAGCACACAGUGGGGAUAGAAGGUUGUACAGGAGUUUCACUCCACGUCCUACAAUUCACAGUGGAAGAUAACACUGGCUCUGCCAGAAACCCCUCUGCCAGACAUGUUCAGUAAAAGCCUGAGCAGAGGACGCAGUCCUGGGACCAAGUCUUGUGUGCAGAAUUGUGCACUGUUGCUGUAAGAAAAUGUUUAACAUUCUGGUAAACAUCACCUGCCAGCACUAAAUUUUCUAUAUCCUGGGUUCAUUGUUUUUUACCUCUGUGGAAUAAUAUGCUCACAUUUCUUAUCAUCAUAGUCCUCAGGCAUCACGUGCAACAAGAUGAGAAGAGUUUUUAAAAAAAUUAUGCCAGAGAGUGAUUGCUGCUGGCACGUCAAGUGCCAGAUGCCAGCUACAAUGUAUUAAUAAUAGAAUUGAUGCAUAUUUAGAUAUUUGUAAGUAGCAAAUGUUCCAUUUGAAAACUAGCAGAGUUUUGCAGCUUCUAGGAAAUUUGCAGCUCUAAGGGGGAUAUUUGGAACAUGUGAAUAUUCUGACAAAAGCUUAGAAAUCCUGCUUUCAAGAUUUUGUUCUUGUUUUCCAAUGUCAAUCUGAAGGAAGUGGUAGAACCAAGAAUUUAUAUUAAGCAAACCACAUUUGCAUAAAUAAAAUCUAAACUGAAGUAAUAGACAUACUUCCCUUUUUAUCUUCCAGAGAGUUUCAGAAUAUAUCUUCAUAAAGUCCAAAUUCAGAUUUACCUCAGUGCACUGUCAAAAACAUCUUUGUUUACAUGGUCUUUUUGCCCAAACCGAGGGUUGCACUCUUUCACAAGUCUGUGCUUGCUCAGAGCUGCCAGGACAUGGGCAAAUUCCUACUAAAAGCUCUGUGAUCAGCUGUACCUGACUCACUCAGACAUAGUGUCUGUGGACACUGGUUAUGUCUGCACUGGAUGCAGCUGGAAUGAGGGCAGGCCUGUGGAAAAGAUAACAAGGCAGUACAAUCUGCCAGCAGUUAACCAGAGCCUUGGAUAGAGAACGAGAAGCCGUGCUGGGAGGGGAACCUUCAGGGAUAAGAAAAUAUGCAGCCUGGAAACACGACCCAAUAGGCAUGAAAGCUGCUAAUGAGAAUAGAGUGCUGUUGCCAAAUUGCAAACAUGCUAAUUGGUUGACGGGGUUAAAGCAGAACCCCUGGGGAUGCAAUGCCUACUGCUCAUCUCUUAUUGAGACAUUUAUGUUCAUAAGCCCUGAUCUGUACCUCUGCAUGCUCCAGCAAAAGCAUCUCGUAUGGCUUCCACUGAGAAAAAGCAGGGCUAAUUUUUUUUUUUUUUUUUUUUUUUGUCUCAGUGAGGGGAACAAGGUUUCAGAGCUAUACAUUUCUAGCAAAAGCACCAUAAAAAGACUGUUUAAACCUUGUAUGACAACAAAACAGGCUGUGGAAACCAAAGCUAGAAAGAAGCGAAAACUGGAUGACUCAUUCUGCUACCCCAAUGUGUAAGAGACAGUGCGGAUGACUCAGAAAAGAAAGGUAGCCUCAGAUUUUGAGAUUAAGAUCAUGAAGAUCAAAUAAAAUCCAGGUCAAAUGAAAGAUUUUUUUCAGCAGGUCUCCUUUUUUUUCCUUGAGGAAAAAACACCAAACACAUCCAGGCAUACUUUAGUUCAAAAUAAGUGAAAUUUUCUAGUAAAUGAGGAAUGUAAAGAUUAUAAUUGAUAUAUAUUUGUGUCCUUUGUGUCUGGAUUGGUGUGAUAACUGCUUUUCAGUAAAGUCCUGCAGAGUUAAACCUUGAAAGAAGCCAGGUUUCUUCUUUUGAGGUAAAUGUUUUUCUUUGCGUUGUGUAGGCAGCAACAAACAGAAAUAAAAAGUGACUAUUUUGCUGUGAAAGGGACUUUUACUGUACAAUCAUUAUUUAUUAAUAUUUAUUAUUUUUAGAAAUAUUUUUAAAUGAGAAUUGCAUAAAAAAAUAAUGUAUGUGGAGAUAUUGUGAUAAUUUAUACUCCCAACCACUUUUGUGAAUUUCAAGUUUUUGCCUGUCUGCUGAUUGUGGUAUUCUGGCUCUAGAGGAAAAUUUUGUCUCUGAGGAAGUCCUUGAGCAACAUAGUUUGGAAUAUAAGUGUCAUGCAACUGUUUUCUGACUAUUCAGUUUGUAUAUGUUUAACCAAAGUAAUAAAACAGUGAGCACCACUAUGAGAUUGAAA